GAUGCGGCUCCUUUAAGGGCCCCCGAGGCGUGGCCAGGCCGUUCCUGGCCUUAGGGAGCCGGGCGCGAACCGGCCGCUCCUACUGCCUCUUUCAUUCAUCAACUGUUGACCGAGAAACACUGCCCCCGGGUCUAGGUGCCGGGCCUCAGACGCAGCCCCGGCGAGGCUGCAGAAUACCGAGGCCUGGCAGCCACUGCGGCCUUGCCCCGAGCGUCUCGGGUGGCCCCGACAGGGUGGGGCCACCAUUUAUUCUGGGAGUGGUCGCAGAGGGAAACAACUGGGAACCCCUUUGGAGCCUCAAGGGGCGUGGUUCCGGUGCAGAGGGCCAAGUCCUCAAAUGAUGGGUCGCCCAAGUCUGGGCACAAAGUUCAGCCUGAGCCUGUAGGCGUCUGGGGACCUUUGAGUUCCCAGAGGCGCAAGACUGCACCUGCGAAUGCUGAACUGCGGGUGGGGCCAGGCUCCCUCCGGCCGGCUCUGAGGCACAGGGGGUCGGAGUAGGGGUGUCCACCGCUGGCCUAGGGGCGGGGCCGCGAGGCUUACGGAACCCCAGACGGGAGGCAAGUGUAAAUCACCCUGGGGGGGGGGGGCAGUCCCUCCAAAACCUCCCAGGGGGCGGGGACAUGCUGAUCAACCAACUGGGGGCGGAGCUCUGUAAAUCAGAAGGACUAGGUGCCCGGGACAACGGGGGCUAAGGUACCGGGUGUGGUGCGGUCGCCAGCGGCUAGAGCCAAACUCCAGCGCGGCGCCGUGCCAGCAGGGAUCCCUUGAGACCUCAGCACCCACGGUGAUGGCCGGGCAGCCAGGACUGCUGCCGGAGGGCGCCAGCGAGGACCCCGCAUCCCCGCCAGCUUGCCGCUUCUUUCUGGAGGGCCGCUGUCGCUUCGGCGCCCGCUGCCGCCAGCCGCACCCCGGCGCCCAGGCGCCGCCUGGCCGCGGGGCACAGCCGGAGACGGGGACCAAGAAGCCGCCGCUGCGCACUGCCGCGGCAGUCAUCCAGCGCAUCCGCUGGGACCCGCGCCUCGACCCCGCCGACUUCUCGGUGGGCUACGUCGACCGCUUCCUGGGUGUGCGCGAGGAGCCCUUCAGCGCCUUCUGCUGGGACGAGCCGCUGGCGGCGCUGGGGCCGGGCGUGCUGGCCGUGCCGCAGCACCGCGUGCGCUACUUCCGCUUCCGCGGCCGCCUGGUGUGGGACCGCGCCUCGCGCACCGACCUCGUCUUCGGCUCGGGAUCAGCGGCCGGCCGGGGCCCCACCAUCCUGGACGCACUUGAUGGCGAGGACGCACAGGAGACCCCGGACCACGAGAGAACCUGCGAGGCCCCAGCGGGGCGGGAGAGCCAGGCUGCUCCCGAGGGAGCGAGCAGAAACCCGGACUGGACGGAGCUCCGGGAAUCCGACCUGGAGGAACCCGGAAGAGAGUGCGAGACAGCCACGGAGCCGCGGCCGAGCGGGACCACCGACGCGGGACCAUCAGUCCCGAGGAGGCAUCUCGCAGAAACAGAGAGGGCAAUAGGGGCGUUGAAGGCAAUAGCGCCCCCCGGAGCCACAAUGCUACCAAGCAGGGAGGUGCAGUCGCCGGCAGCCCCAGGAAUGUCUGUUGGGGAGAUGGAUAUGGAGUGGGGUGUAGAGGACUGGCCAGAGGACGGUGAAAGGGACUGGCCAGCUAGAGCUGUGGCCCCUCGCCAACCCCGCCCUACACAUUUCGUGGCCCUCAUGAUGAGCGAUCUGGGGCUGCAGGCAGAAGUAGCCAAAGCCCAGGAGCGCCUGGUCCAAGUCGACCCGUCCUGUGCUGCCUUCCUGGUGCCCACACAUGCCCUGCACCUGACACUGGCCCUUCUGCGGCUGGCAGGCCCAGGGGAGGAGGCAGCCGCAGUCGGGGCUCUGAGACGGGCCCUCUUGGCCCCAGGGCUUCAAGCACCCCGGCAGCUUCGGUUUAAAGACUUAGUGCUCCUGAGCCACCAUGUACUUUGUGCCCCACCGUCCCCCACACUGGAAGGCAUGGCCCACGUGCUCAGCCAGAGGCUGGAGGCAGAGGGGCUGAGAGUGCUGUGGCCCCGGGGGGGAUUACAUCCCCACCUCACCCUGGCCAAGGUGCCCCAUGGCUCCCAAGUCCACCUCCCAGAGCCCAGGUUCAGCCUGGACCAAGAGCUGCAGAGCCAGCCCCUGGGGCGAGUCUGGCUGUGCCGCAUGGGGAAGGCAGGUAGCACCUACCAGUCCCUAGCUGACAUACCCCUGGGGCCACACAGUGAAGGGGGACACAGGCCAGGCAGAAAGGACAGUGCUUGUGGGGAGUGCUCUCUCUCUGUUUAAUUUUGGUAUCUCUCAAGCUUCCAAAUGGUGCUCAGUGCUCCAAGGAAAGAAUGAAGGAGGGGAGGGGAAGGGAAGGAGGGGAGGGAGGCAGAGGAGGGACAUCUGGAAAAAAAGCAGCCUGACAGUCCAGCUGUUUGCAAACUCAUAGCACAUCCUCCAGUUACAUGGCAGAAGAGGAAGGGAGGACCGAAAAGAAAAGGGGAGGAAGAAGAAAAAGUAACUGAAAUCAACACACACACAAAGGAAAGAGAAGGGAACAUGACGUGAGCUGGUGAUCCAUGAAGGCGGGAGGGAGGGAGGGUGACCGUUUACCUGUGCUGAGCCAGGGAGGACUG